AUGUUUGACUUCGCCCCAGCGCCUCUCAUCAUCACCGCCAGCAAGAUCCGAACCCGGCCGGUGAUAGUUCAAGAAGACCAGAUUGCCACAAGUCUGUCGGUGGCACAACGGCCACCCGGUCAACGCCUCGGAGGCAUCAACUUGACACAAAUCUCUGUUUGUCAGUUUCCGCAACUUUCACCGGUCGCGAGGAUUCGAGCCUCGAGCCUUGAACGAGUCCGACCGGCUUGUACCGGAUCGGCACGGGUCGAACCAGUCCAACCUGGCGACUACUUGAGCCGGUCUCGUUCUGACUCGGUGCGUCGACAAACGAGCCCAUUAGCAGCGGUCCCCAAACCUUUUAGCCGCCUCCCCAACAAUCCCAUCAGCACAAACAACCCUUUCCAAUUGAGUAGACUCUUCGCAGUCGCGUUUACUGCUCUCCUCGCCGCUUCUUCGUCUCGGCCAGCCGGGGCUGCAGAAAAACAGCCGAAAUGGCUCACUCCAUCAGCUUUUGGCCCGACAGCAACACGCGUCUACUCAACGGACAGCGCAAAAGAACGCAUCGUCGACGAGUGA